AUGGCAGACGAUCAGUUUAUGCGUCGCCUUCGGGACAUAUCCGGCGACGAUUCCGACAUGUGGGAGGGUUUCGACCCUUCUUCCUGGCGCUUUCACCAACCUGAGGGCGAUGAGUCCGAGCCUUCAGAUUCGGCAGCCGCCGUUUUCUUCCCCGAGCAAGAUGGCUACGCCUCGGACGACUCGGCCGAAAUGAUCCUCAACUUCCAUAAGCUGAGCGAGACCGAGCGGGCCAACCCGGCACGCGGCAGCAUCAAGCUUAGCAGGGCGCGCCAGUACGCAUCCGAGGAAGUGGGCUUUCCGGACGAGCUUGCUGAGUUGGAGAAGGUCAAGUGGGAAGAGACGGGCCUUGCCAUGGGCGACCUCUCGGAGGAGGGCUCGACUUUCGUGCCGUGGAGGCUCAUUGACAAUUAUCCGAGCAUGUUCGUCGGCAAGGCCAACGGUGUUCGCGCCGAGCCGCUAUUCACCGUCGACGCUCUUCAUGAUAAGAUUGUCUGGGAUCUCUACUAUCUUCACUGCCCUUCGGAUAUGAAAAUGAAACCUGUUCUUUUUGUCCCCACCUACCAGUUCACACAUCUCCUGGACGUGGUCAACGCCAAACUGGAAACCCAGUUUACCAUCCCCCAUGGCAGAAACAAAGAGAGGUUCAUGAUGUCGUUUGGCGUCGGCAACAGCCCUCUGCCGCGCUUUCUGGGUCGUUCCCACAGCGCCGAGUCUUUCAAAGCCCUCUCCAUGGCUAUUCCUGCGCCUCACCCGGACGACGACCUAACCAAAGUAACCAAGCUCGGCGUCGAGGAGUUUAGGCAGCUCCUGAGGCGGACUCGCGCCGAUAGGAAGAAGGGCAAGAAAUCGGAUAGAAACCGCCCGAAACGCAUCCAGAUGCAUCAGCAUUGGGGUAGAUCUGUCAAGCGUGUUCAGCGCUAUCUUGGUCUCCGCGGUAGAGCAGCUGAUGAGAUGGCUGUUAAACUCGCUGACCUCGACUUUACUCGGCCCAUGGUCCAUGAGCCCGAGAACUCUGUCUUGUUUGUCGCCAUCGACGUUGAGGCCUGGGAGCAGGACCACGGCCUCAUUACCGAGGUCGGAAUUUCCAUGCUGGACACCACCCAGCUCAAGGGCAUUGCGCCCGGCGAGGACGGCCAAAACUGGCUGCAGCUCAUUAGCGCUCGCCACAUUCGUGUCAAGGAGAACUCGUGGGCCACAAACUCGCGCUACGUACAGGGGUGCGCCGACUGCUUCGACUUUGGCACAACCGAGUUCGUCGAGGAAUCCCUCAUCUCCGAGCUCAUCAAGGACGUCAUCGACCGCGCAACCUUUGCCAACGGCGGGGCCCCCCGGCCCGUGGUGCUCGUCUUCCACGAGUCGUCGGCCGACAUCAAGUAUCUCAAGUACCUGUCCUACCACAUCGAAGCCGCUCGGAACGUCAUCGACGUCGCCGACACGCGUGAGAUGCACCAGUACGUGUUGCGCAGCAAUGACUCGGCCAGCCUGGCUAGCGUGCUGAGCUAUCUGGACAUUCCGUACCGCUACCUGCAUAACGCGGGCAAUGACGCUGUGUAUACCUUGCAGGCCAUGCUCGGCCUGGCGGUCAAGAAGAUGGGCAUGAGCCAGGAGACGCAGAGGGAGAAGAUCGAGGGUCAUGUCCCCUACGCCGACUUCACGGAGAAGGAUGGUUGGACCAGCGGCGAGGACACUGACGGUGGCGAGCCGGUUGGCCUGCCUGCUCCUCCAGUUGGCUGGGGUAGUAACGAGGAUACCAGCAACCAGGACUGGGGCAGCGAAGAGGCCAACGGCCAGAACUGGGACAGUUAGGAAAACAUCCAGGACUGGCCUAGCCAAGGCCAAGCUCGCGUUGGUUCAAGAGAUAGAUAUGUAACUUGCUCGCAGCAUAAGGGCGUCUAAAAUCUCUUAACACAUUCCCUAGGAGUUACCGUGGUG